UGCGUUUCUGGCUCUAGGAAAAAAGCUUAACAGUCAAUGAUUUCUGCCAGUUUCAUCGAAACAUUUACCAGAACUUCUCGACCACCUUCCGGUAAUUUCUCCGAUAGUGGUUGCCUUUUUCCGUUUAUAUGCUGUUCUGCGAAAGCUAUCCUAUAGCUAAAUUAAUUGCUAGCAGUUACCGUUCGUGACUGUACCAAAUCAUUACUGCAGUCCCUUGACCGAAUAUCCUUUGCUGGGAUUCAUGUGCCCGUCGCCUGCUAUCCAGUCAUGAGGACCCCCUUUCUGUUCGUCACCAGAGGCUGUAAGGCUGUUCACAGACUACAGCAAAGCCUUGCACCAGUUUCAGCUCUAUCCAGACAUCAGAGAGUCGUAGUGUUGACAUACACGAGCAGACAUUUUUGCAAAGACGACAGGAGUUUCUACAUAACCACUCCCAUCUUCUAUGUGAAUGCUUCUCCUCAUUUAGGACACUUGUAUUCAGCUGUGAUAGCUGACUGCUUUCACAGGUAUAAGCUCCUUCAGGGCUUCAGCUCAAGGUUUGCAACAGGCACAGACGAGCAUGGUUUGAAAAUCCAACAAGCUGCUGAAGCCGCAGGAAAAGAUCCCCUGACCUUCUGCACUGAUGUGUCUGAGAGAUUCAAGCAUCUCUUCAACAGCUGCAACGUAUCGUAUACAGACUACAUACGAACCACCGAGCAGAGACACUGUGAGGCAGUGAAGCAUCUCUGGUCAGUGCUCUGGAACAAAGGGCUCAUUUACAAGGGGAGUUAUGAAGGCUGGUACUCCACCCAAGAUGAAAGCUUCCUCACGCCGUCGCAGGUGGGCGAUGCUUUGGACUCAUCAGGGAAGGAAAUCAAGGUAUCGCUGGAGAGUGGCCACAAGGUGGAGUGGAUGAAAGAGGAGAACUACAUGUUCCGUCUGUCUGCAUUUCGGUGUCAGUUGCUUGACUGGCUCAGAGGAAAUCCCCGGGCUGUACAGCCUGAGCGUUUCUACCAGGCUGUCCUCCAGUGGCUGCAGGAGGACCUUCCUGACCUCUCAGUCUCUCGCCAGAGAAGCCGUCUUCAGUGGGGCAUCCCAGUCCCGGGUGAUGCCGAACAAACCAUCUACGUGUGGCUCGAUGCUCUGGUGAACUACCUCACAGUCGCUGGCUAUCCAGAUAAACACGACCAAUGGUGGAACGUGGCCCACCAUAUUAUUGGAAAGGACAUCUUAAAAUUUCAUGCCAUCUACUGGCCGUCUUUCCUUCUUGGGGCUGGAAUGCCGCUGCCACAGACAAUCCAUGUACACUCUCACUGGACAGUCGGAGGAAAGAAGAUGUCUAAAAGUUUGGGUAAUGUGGUGGAUCCCCUUGAACGCUCAAAGAUGUACACAACUGAUGGUAUGAGGUAUUUUCUUCUGCGUCAAGGUGUCCCAGACUCAGACUGCGAUUACACAGACAACAAAGUAAUCAAGCUGCUCAACGCAGAACUCGCGGACUCUCUGGGUGGUCUGCUUAACCGCUGCACAGCUCCAGCUCUUAACCCAGCUCAGGUCUACCCCUCUUUCUGUCCCCAGUCCUUCCCAAGUGAACAGGGAGGCAGGGCUGUUGUUGAGGACUACCACAUGUUGGAUGCUGUGAAACAUCUCCCUGCUGUGGUGGAGCAGCACUUUGAGAGCAUGCAUGUAUACAAAGCGCUGGAGGCCAUCAGUGCCUGUGUGAGGCAGACCAACGGGUUUGUUCAGCGCCAUGCACCUUGGAAGCUGGAUAGGAGGGAUUGUAAAGACCAGCGCUGGCUAGACACUAUCAUCCAUGUCUCCCUUGAAUGCCUGAGGGUUUAUGGCACGCUCCUCCAGCCAGUAGUGCCAGAGAUUUCUAACAAGCUGCUGUCCAGACUCGGAGUGCAACCAGGCGAGAGGAGCUGGGCAGAUGUGAACUUCCUGCCAAGGUAUCUGGGAUUGAACUGCCCCUUUGAAGGGAGAGUGCUAGGAUCGGACUCUGGAGUGCUUUUUAGUCGCUUGGAGAGUCAAAAUGUUGAUAAACAAAAACCAGAGAGAACAAAAAAGGCAGCCAAAUUGAAAUGAGGAAUUGUUUCAUCUUCCCUGUGUGCUUAUUCAGUCAAUAAAGAAGUAACAAAGUCUGUGCUUCAUUAAUAUCUUUCUCAUUCUAUUAGUUCUGCUGUCAACUGUCAAGGA